UGGGCACAUUAGUGCGUUCCUGUUGGUGGAGUCUGCGCAGUGCGGACCACGUAGCUCUAAAGUGUGAUCUUUAAACAAAAAGGGUCGGUCACCGGACAGUGAGAACUGUACCAGUGCGAGGAUCAAGAAAGCGGGCGCCAGGAGUGCUAAUAGAGAAGUGUAUGCUACAGGCGCCAGACGAAUCUGCGGCCCAGACAUCCGUCCUGAGGUAGGCGCACGAAGCCAGCUUGCGGAACCUUUGUUGUGGACAGAUGCUGUAAAAUAGAAGAGUCUACAAAAGUGGUGGUGGGCUGCAGCCUAACAACACUAGUACCAUGUCUUUUUGUCGUUCUGGCACUCGCUCCAGCUCUGCACUGCGAUUCAAAAAGAGAAAGUCUCGAUUCUCUCACCGAGAGAUCCAGGUACUGUUGGAGGAGGUGAGCAGGAAUCGGCACAUCGUCAUUGGCAAGUUCAACCGUGGUGUUGCAAGUGAAUUGAAAAAGCGAACAUGGGCCGAAAUCACAGCUCGGAUCAAUGGGGUCAGUCACUGUCCACGUGAGAUAAUCGAAGUUAUCAAGAAGUGGUCAGAUCUAAAAUGUGACACAAAGCGUAAAGUAGCAGUGAUGCGGGCAGGAAGUAGCAUGAUAGGGGACCUUACUCCAGUUGAAACUGCUGUACAUCAGAUACUUGAAUUGGCCAGCAAGCGUCGCACGCAAUCAGAAGAUGUGGUUUCUUCACGAGUCAGUGACAGAGUGGCCCUUGAUGCCAUCAGGUCAGAUGCCAUCAAACAGGAAGAAUCUACAGAACUGCCCACCACUUCAGCUGCUCCAACUGCUGAAUGGAAGAGUGUUUCAAUGGAUCUGCCAUCCAAUAGGGAGUUGGCCACACCGACUCACGUCUACUGUGUCACCUCUCAGCAAGAGAGCUCCUCCUCCCCAUUUGAGGUGCAGUAUGAAAUUCGCACAGUUGAUGACCAACCUCUUGACUCAGAUUCUGUACAAGACCUGAAGGAGGAAUGCCAAACACACUUUCCCGACACAAUGCAAACCUUAACAGAAGAAGAUGUCCUUCAUGGGACAAGUCAAAGAAGAGGAGCAACGAGCCCCAACCCAGCCUCUAUCCAUCAGACCCUUAGUAUGCGAGAGAAGUUGGUGCAAAAUGCAUCCUUAAGUGUUCGGGAGCAGCGAACAUCAAAUGAAUUACUUGAAACCAUCUCACGGUCCUUGGAGCUUCUCUCAGAAUCCAUGCAGCAAAUGGUGGAAACCCAUCAGGACUUCAUCCGAGACACCCUUCAACUGCAGCGCGAGUCCAUGCACAUCCUGCGGGAAUUUACAAGUGGCGCGCUUGCGCUAAUGCAUGAGAAGUUGAAUGGACGUCCCCUGUAGCCGUGACUCACAUUCACACCCUCAGGUAUUUAUAGUGCCAAGUCAAUUUUGUAGGUCAUCUUAAUAAAGACACUAAUAAAAAAUGUGUUGCUGUCUUUCUACUUCACAUAAAUCUGCCAUAAACUGUGAGCAUGUCAGGGGAGGUUUUAGUGUGGGAUUACAAACAGGUCCAGUUUGAUUUGAGGUAGAGGAUUACAUCAUACUAAAUUUUCUCAGGGGAGCCUAUGGCUGUCCUUCAAAAUGAAUGCAGAAACAAAAAAAAAAAAAAACAGAGCCUACUCACGAACGCCUAAGCUAUUAAAAACAAUGAAAGACAGAACAUAUCUCAGAAUCAGGCUCAAGGAUUCAUGCAGCUAUGGUAUUAAUACUGGUCUAGCUCUUUGGUCACCCACAGGAUACUAGAAAUGACAUAAACCUAAGGACUUUUAUAUAAAA